ACUUGUCUUAAUUUCAAGUUAUUAAAUAUCUGGGUAUUUCUUAUUCUGACCUUUAUUUUCUUUUUCUCCAGGAACCCGCUAGCCAAAAUCACAACAUAUUGCUUCUUUGCUUUUGCACUUCGAAAGAAAUCUUACAAGCAACAGGAGAGCGGAUUCCGUUACGAAAAUCUCCUUUCCCCUUACCACGGCUUCCAAAAAAACUAUUCCUCCCGCGCCGUAAUACCACUUCGUCAGUAAAGAUAAUGCCCGUUCCAAAGACUCCCGAGUUCGAAGCCGCUGUCGUGGCGAGCCGGAAACUGGUUUCUAAGCCUAGUGAUGAUGAAUUGUUGGAGAUGUAUGCGCUGUUUAAACAAGGAACCCAGGAUCCUCCCUUCGAGGAAGCUCCCAAGCCUGGAACCUUUGACUUUAAGGGUAAAUACAAGCACAGCUCAUGGAAAAAACUCGUUGACGAGGGCCUCUCCCCGGAAGAUGCGCAAAUAAAAUACGUUGAGCUCAUCGAGAAGCUCAAGGAGAAGUACGGAUACGAUGAAGGGAAGGAGCCGGAGCAAGUUGGAGGGAAAUAGAAGAGUAUAAACUAGA